AUGAGCCUGGAGAUGACAAUGGCGUGCAUGGUGCACGCGAUGCUCGAGCAGGAGGAGCUGAACGAAGAAAACGAACGCAAGAGAAAGCUAAAGGAACUCGUUCGACUGCAUCCGGAGCUUAAGAGGCCGACUACUAAUUUUACCCCUCUUCUCAAUCCAGGUGACGCUGCCAAGGGUGCUGGUCUCUUCAAGACUCGCUGCGCUCAGUGCCACACCCUCGAGGCUGGCGGUGCUAACAAGGUCGGCCCCAACUUGCACGGACUUUUCGGCCGCAAGAGUGGAACAGUCGAAGGUUACUCCUACACCGACGCAAACAAGCAGCGAGGUGUCGAGUGGAACGAACAGUCUUUGUUUGAAUACCUUGAGAACCCAAAGAAGUACAUCCCUGGCACCAAGAUGGCUUUCGGUGGCCUCAAGAAGCCCAAGGACCGCAACGAUCUGAUCACCUACCUCCAAAACGAAACCAAAUAA